CCUUUACAAGGCAAGGCUCCAGACCGUGCUGCUCGUGCUCGUGUGCGCGCGCUCUGGGUAGUGGGGAGUCACCAGCCAAGCCGUAGGAGUGAGUGGUGAUGAGGAUGAGUAAGUGACCGACCGACCAGGCAAGCUGUAGAAAGACGCACCUUUUGCAGAGCUGCCUUCCCCACCGUCAUUGACCGGGCUGUGUCAAUAGUGGCUAAAGCGGCACCUUUUGGCUUGUUUGGAAGGAAGUUCUCCUUUUCUUCCUUUGUAGGGCUGGGCAGCUUAAAGCCGAGAUAACUUCAGUGAGGAUUUUAAAUUCAGAGAGCCUUCUCUCAUUCUAAGAGAUAUCAUGGCUGAACCGGACUACAUAGAUGAAGAUAAUCCGGAACUAAUUAGACCUCAGAAACUAAUUAAUCCUGUAAAAUCAUCCCGGAAUCAUCAAGACCUUCACAGAGAGCUCCGCAUGAAUCAGAAAAGGGGUCUAGCUCCUCAGAAUAAGCCAGAGUUGCAAAAAGUGAUGGAAAGACGAAAACGAGACCAGGUUAUCAAACAGAAGGAAGAGGAGGCACAAAAGAAGAAAUCGGAUUUGGAAAUUGAGCUACUUAAACGGCAACAGAAAUUAGAACAGCUUGAACUUGAGAAACAGAAGAUCCAGGAAGAACAAGAGAAUGCACCAGAAUUUGUCAAAGUGAAAGGCAACUUGAGGAGGACGGCCCAAGAAUCAGCAGAAUCCCAAAGCUCCUAGAGGAGUAGCCUUUUAAAGACUUGAAGCCAUACUCCCAGUGACUGCUGGGGUGAGGCUUCGGCAGGUUGUCUCACCCACUUGCCCUGGUGGAGAGGGAAGAUAAUUGGCAUCUGGAUGUAAAAAUGUGCUCAAUAUGAGGUCAAUUUCUAGAGCUUGUGUGGAUCAAUGACUGCACAACAAAACAGAUUAAACUUGCCAAUAAAACUAUGGAGUUUGGAGGAGAAACAAGCAACCUGUUGUCAGUUGAAAGACCUGUCCAAAGUACUUGACCAGGGAAACAAUUUGAAUUGUUACAUUGCUUGUUUGUUAUUUAGUGAGCAUCUCAGGCUAGCGUGUGUGUGUGUGUGUGUCUGUGUGUGGUUUUUAUUAUUAUUUUUCUACUUUGUGGAGUUCUGCUAUGCAGAAAAACAAAGUAUUCUGAAACCACUUCUCAUUACAUUCUCUAUUAGAACUCUGCUUCAGAAAUGAAAGCACGCGCGAACACACACACACACAGACACACACAUUCUUUCUACUAUUAAUAUGCAUUUCUUUAGACUUGAAGUUGAAUUAAUCUGGUCCACUACUAAUGUGUGCCCCCACCCCCACAGACCCACACAUCACCAUUGCUGUGGGGCAAUUUUGACCAUGAAGAGCUUCAUGUUUUCAGUGAGUAGCUGAAAGGUGUCAUCGGUCACUUCUGUGCUCCUAGGAGAGUGCAUAUUUUGUGUACUGGAAUGUGCACAAAUGAGUAACUGAUCUCUCCCUCACCCAGCCUUGUUUAGCAGCCAUUCUGCUUUUUCAUGCAACAUUUCCUUUAACAUGCACUUGCUCUAACUGAAUUGCAGUUGGCCUUUCUUUGAUACUUUGCCUUGCUUGCUUUCAUGGGGAUCUAGAGAACUGUACGACUAAUUCUUGUAACUGGGUGUGUGUGCAUCGCUGUGUUUCUUUACAGCAGCCCCUCAAUGUGAUUUUGAAAGGUGAGGGAACUUGCAAAAGCAAUUUGUGGUGCAGCAUAGGGGAGCUGCUUUUCUAAGAACAUGGUUGUUUAAAACAAAACAAAAAAAAACAAAACCCCACUGCAUAUGCUUAAGACCUUGGACAUGCCUCUGUUAGUGCUUUGAACCACUCCCUUUGCUCUUUAUCUUGCUGCCAGCAGUUAAAAACUUAAAAAUCAAAGAAGUGUACCCUACCUGUUCUACUGUAAAAUCCUUUAAAGUGUUCGUCAAGACUUGAUUACAGAGUGAGGUAUUCAGAAGCUUGAAAUCAUCAGCUUCAGUGCCUAACUCAUCUAGUUGGGUUUUUUGUUUUGAAAAAUGAACCCUCUGGCUCCCUUGUUCAAGAAACUUUAUUCCGUGGCUGGCUUUCUUUGUUAGCUGGUGGAAAUGCCACUGCACUUCAAAUACUGAACCUCGGGAAGGGGAGUUAGCUCUCCUGCUAUACAAGCAGACUGUGGCGUUUUCGUCAGAAUCACUUUAGGCUAUAAUUUGCACCAGCAUUCUACCCAACAAGCCUUCAGCUGAGCUUGGAUAGCUUUUAGUGAGGUCGUUCACAUGGCCAUGGCAGCAGCAGGGAGGGUGGACAGGUGGAAGGCAGGCUUGGACUUAACUCUCCUCCCCCACCCCAUGAUCCACGAUAGGCGCCGCUGCAAGCUGUGCAGCGUCCUGGAGGCUGGGAAAAUGAGUCCCAGCCUCCAGGUAUCCCGCAAUGCACUGCACAAGUAUGGUGCAUUGGGGGAAUUCCCCCUGAGUUAUCCGCUCAGUUGUCUGAUUCUGUGUGCUUGGGCUGUACACUACCUCGGCCCUGUGUUUUGAGGGCGCACUCAUGCCCUCUAACCCCGGUUAAGGGCCGGGAUUAAAAGCGGGCUUGCGGUUGAGGGAGCACCAGGAUUGGCCUCGAUCCUGGCUCUGCACAUGAGCAAUCCAAUCCAGGUUGGGCUGUCCUUGCCUGGGUUGGGCUGCUUGGGUGCACAGCCUCUUUCACUUUCUGGUAGUAUGAUUCUCUGCAAGAAUUCCUACUGAAUCUGAAAAUGUUCCUUAAGACAGCUUUUUAUUCUACAAAAUCUGAGACAAAUUACAUGGUAGUCACGGAAGUUUUCGCACAUUUACAAAAACAAAAAGUUAACCUAAAAAAGGCAACAUGCAAAGUCUUGUCCUGAAUGUGAACUGUAUAGUCUUAUUUUAGUACACAUAUGUGACCAUGUGCAAGAGAUUUGUAGAGAUGUUUCUGGGUAUGCUGAUAAGGGAGUGAUGCCCACCACUACAAGUCUGCAAAGCCAGCCUCUCAGUAAAGGUCAAAUAGGUGUAUGGGGAGUUUAUCAAGACUGGUACAGAUAAUGAGUCAAUAGCUACAGUUCAGUUGUUGCUUGCAGGCCCAUUUUCUCUUGCCUAGGAAUGCUGAGCAAAAAUAAAGUUACAUCCAAGCAAAAUGCUUGGCAGUGUUUUAUAUCAGACUAGCCAUGAGAGCAGGUGAUGGUUUAUGUCAUUGCCACAAGUAGUGAACACUGGAAAAACAACUUUGCUUUUGGUCUUGGCCAUAAAAUUGACAGUGAGCUGUGUUCCCUUUGGCAUGAUGCUCUUCAAGUUGUCAGUACCCCAGCAGCUUUUCCAAGAGUACAAAUUGCAUUAUCAAUCCAAGUUGACAAUAAAUAAGUUUUGCUGGGAUUUAAUUUAUUUCUAAUUGAAAUCAUGACACAACUUAUUUAUCACUGGCCUGGACUUAUGACGUGGUAUGCAUUUUUUAGGAGGCUAAAUGUGAAGGCCACUGAUGAAGCCAUGCUGCUGGAUUGAAAAAGAUCUAACUUGGAAUAUUCAGUUUGGAGGUAGUGGCAGCUUGAAGAUUCUCUUGCAAAGGAAACUCCUGAGUGCUACAACUUUUCAUUUCAUCUCAUCAUCCUGGAGGCUGGAGCUGGAAAAGUUUCUCAUUUCUAAUAUCUAGUUCAUAUACUUGCACUGUAGUUUGAUUUGCCAUUUAUCUUUUCCACAAUCUGUGUAUGCAUGCAAAGAGUCGGGGUGAUGGGAACAUUCCAAAAACUGCCUUAAUGCUUGUAUCAACUGCUGUGUGUUCUCUCUCAAACAUAAUUUUGCCCCACAUUCUCUAGACAACUAGACACACUUCUGGAUUCCAGUUCCAUAGCCAGCCUCUGGCUCAGUGGCUAUGUUAAGGUGAGGAGGGAGCCCUUGCCUUGUAUCACCACUUCAAAACCUAACUAGUACAUUCCGGCACAAAGCCCUCUGAACAUAAUCGGGAGGAUCCCAUAGAUUUCACUGGACUCUGGGUUAGACCUUUAGCUGAAUGCACUGCAGAAUUUCUCUACACCUCAAACUGUCAUGGGUAUAAACUUGCUUGUAAGGGGUUUUCUAUAGCACCUGGGGGGAAACUGCUACAGUACGUAGUAGUCUUGGGGGUGGGAAAGUAAUAUUUUUAGUACAAUGGAAGCAUACUUUUAGCCCAUCAAAGUCAUCUUCAGACUCCCUUUUCUAGGAAUCCAGAAUUCUGUUUUGCAUUGAUAUGACUGUUUUGAAGUGUGGGACUUGCCAGAUUCUUUAGAAUGGUUGAACUCUUUAUUUACGGUGAUGGAAGACCACAGUGCUGGCUAAAGUUCUGUUGAGUUCACAAUCUUACCCUUCCUAAAAUGUUUAAACUGCUGAAUAGUUCAAUUGAGCUACCUUUAUUAAGUAUGGCUAACUUCUUUUAACCAAUUGUCUCUUAAUGGAUUGCUUUUAAAACUCAUUUUGUUUUUAGGUCAUUAUAGUAGAAAGUUAGUGUUUCCCCCCAUUUCCUUAAGCUGUAUUUUAAUCUUAUAUGUCUUCUCUUGUUUCUGAGUGUACAUAUAUAAAUAUUAAAAAAGGGAGCCUUAAUGGGUUUUGUUUUCAUAAUUUAAUAUUUUUUUUGUAUUUGCUCAUGCCUAUUUGUUUUUAACUAAAAAGUGUUUCAAAAAUGAGGGUGGAAUUCUUAGAACCAAAGUUAAUACUUAAUAAAAAUCUACUAUGUGCUUGGAA